AUGUCUUUGAGAUCAUUCCAACGUUCAUCCAACUUGGCCAAGACUGCCUUGAGAACUUCAGUUAGAUCAUACGCUACUGCUGAACCAACUUUGAAACAAAGAUUGGAAGAAACUUUGCCAGAAAAAGCUGAGCAAAUCAAGCAAUUGAAGAAGGAACAUGGUAAAACUGUUAUUGGUGAAGUCUUGUUGGAACAAGCUUAUGGUGGUAUGAGAGGUAUUAAAGGUUUGGUUUGGGAAGGUUCUGUUUUGGACCCAAUUGAGGGAAUCCGUUUCAGAGGCAGAACCAUUCCAGACAUUCAAAAAGAGUUGCCAAAAGCCCCAGGCGGUGAAGAACCAUUGCCAGAAGCUUUGUUUUGGUUGUUGUUGACUGGUGAAGUCCCAACCGAAGCUCAAACCAAGGCUUUGUCCGAGGAAUUGGCUGCUAGAUCACAAUUGCCAAAACACGUUGAAGAGAUUAUCGACAGAUCUCCAUCCCACUUGCACCCAAUGGCUCAAUUCUCCAUUGCCGUUACCGCUUUGGAAUCUGAAUCCCAAUUUGCUAAGGCUUACGCCAAGGGUGUCCACAAGAGCGAAUACUGGAAAUACACCUAUGAGGACUCUAUUGAGUUGUUGGCCAAAUUGCCAACCAUUGCUGCCAAGAUUUACAGAAAUGUUUUCCACGAUGGUAAAUUGCCAGCCCAAGUUGACGGUAAAUUGGAUUACGGUGCAAACUUGGCCAACAUGUUGGGUUUUGGCGGUAACCAAGAAUUUUUGGAAUUGAUGAGAUUGUACUUGACAAUCCACUCUGACCACGAAGGUGGUAACGUUUCAGCACACACCACCCACUUGGUUGGUUCAGCUUUGUCAUCACCAUUUUUGUCAUUGGCUGCCGGUUUGAAUGGUUUGGCUGGUCCAUUGCACGGUAGAGCUAACCAAGAAGUUUUGGAAUGGUUGUUCAAAUUGAAGGAGGAAUUGAAGGGUGACAUUUCAAAAGAAGCUAUCGAGAAGUACUUGUGGGAGACCCUUAACUCUGGUAGAGUUGUCCCAGGUUACGGUCACGCUGUCUUGAGAAAGACUGACCCAAGAUACACUGCUCAAAGAGAAUUUGCUUUGAAACACAUGCCAGACUAUGAAUUGUUCAAGUUGGUUUCAAACAUUUACGAAGUUGCCCCAGGUGUGUUGACCAAACACGGUAAGACCAAGAACCCAUGGCCAAAUGUCGACUCCCACUCUGGUGUCUUGUUGCAAUACUAUGGUUUGACUGAAGAAUCAUUCUACACCGUCUUGUUUGGUGUCUCUAGAGCAUUUGGUGUCUUGCCACAAUUGAUCUUGGACAGAGCUGUCGGUAUGCCAAUUGAAAGACCAAAGUCAUUCUCCACUGAAAAGUACAUUGAAUUGGUUAAAAACAUCAAGGCUGGUAACUAA